UUAACUGUCAUCUAUUUGAAUGAUUUGAAUAUCUGACGUGGUUAAAGCUCUUUCGUUGUUUUUGUUUGCUUUUCCUGGUAUAAAACCUUGGAACAAAAUCAUUACUGCAUUUAAUUGUGUUUUAUUUCUUCUGUUGACUUACUAAUAAUUAAUUUAGAAUAAUCAAGAUGUCUUUAAAAAAUUUAAAUGAAACCAUUUCACCAGCAUUUACCGAAAAAUCCAUUCAUGAAAUGUUAUUAAACAAGGGCGAAUUAAAGAAAAUAAAACAUUUUAAAAUUGAUAUAGACCAGAACAAUCAAUCGAAAAAAGGAGAUUCGUAUUUAAGCACGAUUUGCAAGUUUUCUAUAAUAGCCAGUGGUGAAAAUAAUAAUGGAGAAAACGCAGAUGUAACUUUGCCUGUUAUUGUAAAAUCUUUUCCAAAAAAUAUAGCCAGACAAAAGACCUUUCGAUCGCCAGACUUCUUCAAAACAGAAAUCGAUUUUUAUCGACAGGUGUGGCCCGCUAUGAAGGAAUUUAAAUUAAGAAAAAUUGCCAAUGAAAAAGAUGAAAUCCCAUUAUAUUUAAGCAGUUACUGCGAUGGCCAAAACGACUUUUUGGCCUUGGAAGAUUUGAGCUGUCAAGGAUUUAAAGCUGCCGGCCGAGUUGAAAAUUUUAGCUUGGAAUCAAUCCGCGUAUUUUUGACGACGCUGGCCAAAUUCCACGCUCUAUCGCUCGCGCUAAAACAAAACAACCCUGAAUUUGUAGAAUUAGCAAAGGGCUUGGCGGAAAGCUAUUUUUCUGAAAAAUUUCGACCUUGGUACGAGAAUUUUAUGUACAAAUCUAUGGGUCCACAGUAUAUGGAAGCGGCAAAAGCUUUAUUACCUGAAAAGUAUUGCGAAAAAUUGCAAAAACUGUUCUCCACAGACUUUUUUGGAGACUUAUGCAAAGCAUGUAAAGUUGAUAACAAAUACUGUGUUAUUACCCAAGGAGAUGCUUGGUUGCCAAAUUUUCUUUCAAACACAUCUGGAGGUGAACUAACGUGUGUUUUAAUUGAUUUCCAACUUGCUAGGUAUGCCACAUUCACGAACGAUUUAAUUCAUUUUCUAUACUGCGGCGUGCCGAGCGACAUGUUAUUGGCGGAAUGGGACAACCUGAUUGAACAUUAUCACCGGAUUCUUAUGAGCCGUUUUGAAGAACUCGGGGGAUCGAAAGAUUAUAUUACUUUGGAUGAAAUGACGGAGUGUCUCAAAACUCACGCAUUGGUUGGUGUGUUAAUGGCUCUAGAGAGUAGCGUGAUGGCAAUUCUCAGCGACGAUGAAGUAGCCGACAUUGAUUUGCUGCAGGGCGAAGAUGCGGUUCCUUUGGAAGACGUCUGGAUUCUUCCCAAGUUUAAUAAAGACAGAAAUGAAAAGUUGGCUUUUAUUGUGAAACACUGUGUGGACAAAGGAUAUAUUCCUUAAAAAAAUGUGAAAUUCUACCAUAAGUAUUUCUAUAUAAUAUACAACAUAUAAAUAAGGAUAUAAACCUAUAUACAUAAAAUAAUAGGAAUUUUAGCAACAAGAAUAUAUUGCAUUUAGUUUACUUAAGUAGCAACUUUUUAUACUUAAAACUAAUUAAACAUAAAAAUAAAUAACAAUAGUAAACAUAU